CCAAAAGAAUACUCUUUGUGAGGACCCCAUGUAAAAAAAAGAUGCCAAACAAACUUAUGACAUAUUGCUAACCUCCACAAUUUUAAAUAGCCUUAUACAUACAAAAUAAGAGGGACAUCAUUCAUGUCCUAUAGAUAAAAUCUUGAACUCUUUGUAAAUUUCAAAAACUAUAUACUCUGUUUUUCAUAUAUCAUUUUUUGUUAUAUACGUGAUGUCGAAUUCAGACAGAAGCAGUAACCAUCUCGCGAUUCGUUCAAGUAUGCUAGUUAUAAUAGCAAUCCUUCACUUUCUACUCCCAAAUAUUGUUAAAGCCUAUGGCUCUACAUUUCAAGAGUAUCCAUCUACGCAAGACGAUGAAGCAAACAGUUUCAAGCCAAGUAUAGCUGUUGUUAUUGGUAUUCUUUCCAUCAUGUUUUCGUUAACAUUCCUGCUUCUCCUCUACGCCAAAUUCUGUCGUAGAUCACCUCUUCCUGUCCACAACAGCGCGAUCCAUCAAGAUGGUCUAAUGACAACUAUCCCAGUGUCGCGAAGUUCAUCAGGUAUAGAUAAAACUGUCAUUCAGUCACUCCCAUUUUUCAGGUUCGCGUUGCUCAGAGGCUCUCGAGAAGGCCUAGAAUGCGCGGUUUGCUUAUCAAGAUUCGAAGAUGUUGAAGUCCUUCGAUUACUACCAAAAUGCAAACAUGCAUUUCACAUCAACUGUAUCGAUCAAUGGCUUGAAAAACAUUCAAGUUGUCCUCUAUGUAGACACAAAGUCAGUGCUGAGGACCAUACAUUGUUAACAUAUUCGAAUAGUUUUCGAUUCUUGAAUAAUCAGUCCGAGCUAAGAGAGGAUUCCAACUUGGAACUCUACGUACAGAGAGAAGAAAAUCAUCGAAAUGGUAACAACAAAUCAUCAAGAUUCAGUAUAGGUAGCAUAAGUUUCAAGAAAUCAGAAAAGGGUAUUCAAGAAGAUGACGAAAUACCAAUUCAACAAGACAGUUUUCUUGAUAUGUUGCACUUGCACAAGUUCAAUCAUAGGAUUAUUGUGUCUGAUGUUGUACUAAAACAUCGAUGGAGCAACGUUAGUUCUUCGGAUUUCAUGUUCUUGAACAGAGAAAUGAUUCAUGACAUGACGCGUAGCAAUCGAUUCUUGUCAUCAUCAGAAUCAAGAAUCAAUAGUACAUCGAAAGUAUUGAGCCAAAAUGAGAAGAGAGCUAUGUCUGAGAUUUUGAUAUGUCCAAGAUUUGAUGAUGUUAGUACUAGGAAUACAUGUAAUAGAGAGAAUGCUACUACAUGUGUUGUGCCAAAUACUAAUGUGAAAGAGGAAAAAAGGAAGAAAAUUUGGCUUCCAAUUGCAAGAAGAACAGUUCAAUGGUUUGCAAAUAGGGAAAAAACGUAUGCAGCACAACAAGAAAACACAACACAAUCAUUCAAUGUAUAGUUUCUUAUCUUCCAUAGGUAUUUUUGCUUACUUGGUUAAAAAAGAUUUUCUUUUUUGGUUUUC